AUGAAGUUAGAUACAAAGGCCAUGCGCCAUUUGACGGCGGAGGACUGGAGGGUAUUGACGGCGGUAGAAAUGGGCAGCAAGAACCACGAGAUCGUGCCAACGCCCCUGAUCGAGAAGAUUGCCCGCCUCAAGGGUGGUGCCAGCGGCGUGCACAAGUCCAUCUCAGCCCUCGCCAAGGUCGGCUUGAUUGCGCGCAUGAAGGAGGCCAAGUACGACGGCUACCGGCUCACCUACGGCGGGCUGGACUACCUCGCCCUGCACACGCACGCGCAGCGCAAGCACGUCUACAGCGUCGGCAGCCGCAUCGGGGUCGGCAAAGAAAGCGACAUCAUGAUCGUGGCCGACGACAAGGGUACCCAAAAGGUCCUCAAGAUCCACCGCCUAGGCCGUAUCUCUUUCCGCACCGUCAAGGCCAACCGUGACUACCUCAAGAACCGCGCGUCCGCCUCGUGGAUGUACCUGUCGCGGCUCGCCGCCAUAAAGGAAUUCGCCUUCAUGCAGGCGCUGAAGGAAGAGGGCUUCCCCGUGCCCGAGCCCAUUGCCCAGUCGCGGCACACCAUCGUCAUGACGCUGAUCGAUGCGCUGCCGCUGCGGCAGAUCUCGGCCGUGCCGGACCCGGCCGGCCUCUACGCCGACCUGAUAGCGCUCAUCCUCCGCCUGGCCAAGCACGGGCUCAUCCACGGCGACUUCAACGAGUUCAAUAUCCUCAUCCGUGAGGACAAGCAGCCUGGCGAUGCCGCCGCCGACGACCUCACGCUCACCCCGAUUAUAAUUGACUUUCCCCAAAUGGUUUCCAUGGACCACCCAAACGCCGAAAUGUAUUUUGACCGCGAUGUCAACUGCAUCAAGCUCUUUUUCGAGCGGCGAUUCCACUUCGUGAGCACAGCACCUGGUCCACUCUUCAAGGAUGCCAAGAAGACGGUUGGCAGGGACGGUGCGAGGAGGCUAGACGCCGCCGUGGAGGCGUCAGGCUUCACGAAGAAGAUGGCCAAGGAUCUUGAAGCCGCCAUUCGAGAACAGGAAGCCAAUUCAAAAAGCAAUGGGGCCGAAUCAGAUGACCUAGAGGAUAGUUCUGAUGAGGAGGACGAAGGGAAGGAUAGCGACGAGGGUGUAAAUGGAGCUGAAGCUGCCGAGGGACAGCACAUCAUCGGUAGCCAUAUCCCAUUAGAGACUGAAGGAGAGAUGCAGAAACUUACAAUCAAUGAUGAGACUUGA